AUGUGGCAGCAAUGGAAAUGUACAUUUCUAGCUAUUGCUGACAAACAUGCCCCACUGAAAACGAUGCGUGUUCGUUCACGGAGUUCUCCAUGGAUUACCUCUGAAUUGAAAGACUCUAUGUAUAAUAGAGACAUAUUAAAAAUCAAAGCUAGCAAGACAAAUGAUCUUAACGAUUGGGCAUUAUUUAAGAAACAAAGAAAUAUAACCAAUGAGCAAAUACGCUCAGCUAAGCUAGUUUAUUACCAAAAUAGAUUUAAUAAGCACACCAGCGACUCCCGAAAUACCUGGCAGACUAUAAACGAGCUAACCUCUCGAAAAUCUGGGAAAAAGUCAGUAGCGUCACUAAAAGUGAACGGAUUAACGAUAACUAAUCUGUUGGAGCUAUCAAACGAAUUCAAUAACCACUUUGCUAAUAUUGGUCCAAAACUUGCCAGUGAGAUAAAUUGCGAUAGUGGUAGCUAUCAAAGAUAUCUUACCGCUACAGAUAAACGGUUUAAGCUCCAACCCACCAAUCCAAAUAAAGUAUUUUCACUUUUAAAUAACCUAGACAAGUCAAAGGCAACGGGCCUUGACAAAAUAUCUGCUAGGUUGGUCAGGGAAUGUGCUGAUCUUAUUUGUGUGCCGAUAUGUGAUAUUUUCAAUCAAUCUAUUAACCAAGGGACGUUCCCAGAUGACUGGAAAUAUGCAAGGGUUUCUCCUCUUUAUAAACAGGGUGACCGCGGUGAUGUAAACAAUUACCGCCCAAUAUCGGUGAUUCCAAUAGUGGCGAAGGCGUUUGAAAGGAUAGUUUACUGA